CUUUUGCGGGGGUUUCAUCGUCACUUUUUAGUUGUUAGGACCAAAUUAGAGGGAUCUUUGUGCAUACUUGACGGGGUUCGGCUUGUGUUUCGUGUUGAUGUAUGUGAGUUGUGGACGAGAAUACAGUGGUGAGGCCUGAGUUUCUAUUGAUUCCUCGCAUGGGUACAUAUGGUUUUCUACUGCAAUCUGAAGCUAUGCGUCCCCUCGCGGAUAUCUAUUCCUGUUCCAUUGUUGGGAAAACCCGGUCUCUGAACAUUCAGCCAUUCAGAUACGGCAUGGGUGAAACAUUAGAAUUGAUCCUUCAUAAACCGCCGUUCAAAUCAAUAUCGUUGAACUGGGAGACAUGCGGUCGUAUUAGGCAUUCCUUCUAUUCUUCCUUAUUGCUCUCCCAUAAACACAUGUUAAUAUUCAAAUACAUACACCUCGAGUCAAGGUAUCAUCCAGAUUUAUACAGUUCGGUAUAUGUACACAGGCCCAACCCAAUCACGCCUUCAUCCCCUCCACCCCCCUCACCACCUCCACCAUCUUCGCAACCUCCUUCCCACCUAUUCUCCCCCCAACCGUCGCCCCCCUCUUCACCGCCUCCACCACCCCAUCACCCCUCACCAACGUAUAUCUCCCCCCCUCCACUUUCCCUCUCCCCCUCCCCAACCACCCCAACUCAAACCCCCCAUACCCCUCCACCGGCAACACCUUCUUCAACUCCUCCGCCUCUGCCGCCGUCAUCUCCUGCUCCUUCUCCCGCUUCCCAUCAUCCUCCCCCCACGCGCCACGUGCUGCGUCGUCGCGCUUCGGCUUGCGGCGUCGCCCGCCUGGUGGUCCGGUGGUUGUGGUGCCGGUUGCGCCAACGCGGAGGGCGCCGGUUGGGCGGGUGCCGGGUGGGCGGGUGCCAGGGGUGGUUGGGCGGCGGGGCAGGCGGGGUCCGUUGGGGCGGGGUCCAUUAGGGCGGGUGGUUUGAGGGGGGGCAUCGACGUGGAUGAUGCGGAGGCCGCUGGGGCGAUCGGCGUCGGUGGAGGAGGUGGAGGUGGGCGGGGAGGGUUUGCGGGGGAUGACGCGGCGGCGGGCGAGUUUGGGGGUAGAGGAGGUGGUGGCGCCGAGGGAGCGGAGAUCGAUUGGUUUGGGGGGUACUGGAGGG